AUGGCCGAGGAAAGCAUUGCUGCUGGAGGUGUAAUGGACGUCAAUACUGCUUUACAAGAGGUGCUGAAGACUCUCCUCAUCCACGAUGGUCUAGCAUGUGGAACUCACGAAGCUGCCAAAGCCUUAGAAAAGCACCAAGCCCAUCUUUGUGUGCUUGCAUCCAACUGUGAUGAGCCCAUGUAUGUCAAGUUAGUAGAGGCCCUUUGUGCUGAACACCAAAUCAACCUGAUUAAGGUUGAUGACAACAAGAAACUAGGGGAGUGGGUAGGCCUCUGCAAAAUUGACAGAGAGGGCAAACCUCAGAAAGUGGUUGGUUGCAGUUGUAUGGUGGUUAAGGACUAUGGCAAAGACGCUCAGGCCAAGGAUGUCAUUGAAGAAUACUUCAAAUGCAAGAAAUGA